UGUCCCCUCAGUGUGGUCUCUGGAACCUUGAAGCUUCAAUCUUCAACCUCCAAAUCAAUCUCUGUGGACGUGAUCUCUCCGAUUCGACAGAGUUUACCAGCUAUGGACGCAGAAUCGUCAUGGAGCGCACGUCUCUCCUCUGCCUCAAAACGUUAUCACGCCGCUCUUCAUUCCCGAUCAGAUAUGUUCUUGGGUUUUGACGAGAAUGAUGGGGAUGAUGAUAUAAGGGAGGAGUUUCUAUGCCCAUUCUGUUCUGAGUAUUUUGAUAUUGUUGGAUUAUGCUGCCACAUUGAUGAAGAGCAUCCCGUUGAAGCCAAAAAUGGGGUUUGUCCAGUUUGCACAUUGAGGGUGGGGGUGGACAUGGUUGCACACAUAACCCUACAACAUGGAAACAUACUUAAGAUGCAGCGCAAGAGGAAAUCACGCAAAGGUGGAUCCUAUUCGACACUCUCUUUAUUGAGGAAAGAGCUACGAGAAGGAAAUUUACAAACCCUUUUUGGUGGAUCCUCAUGUAUAGUUUCCUCAUCCAAUGCCGCACCAGAUCCAUUGUUGUCAUCAUUUAUAUUGCCUGUAGCCGAAGACCUUUCCAGUUCACAACCUCACUUAUCUACUGACACAAGGCCAUCCAAGAAAAGUUCAGAUGACGAAAAACAAUAUGUGAAGCCAAGUACCUUAUCAGACAAGGAUAAGGAAGAGAAAGCGAAACGGUGCACCUUUGUUCAAGGGUUGUUGCUUUCAACCAUUCUUGAUGACAAGUUAUGAGGAUAAUUCAUCUCCAAGGAGUGCUGCUGGCUUUAAGUUCACUUAUUCUGAUGUUGUCAAUGUAUUUUAUCAGAGUGAAAUAAGAUGCAGAAAAUGAAUGUAAUUUAUGUCAUAUGUGUGAGCUGUGAUUUCAGUUCAAAUGUUUCGUUGUUUCCUUUGAUUUUCAGAUCAUAAAAGCUUUAAUGAAAUAUAUGAAGUUCCUUUGA